AUGAAAACGAAGAUAGCUAAACUGUGGAGAAGCUGGGCCAUUCCCCCUGAUCUUAAUUGCUCCAGCCGCAUAAAACUAUCCAAGCACUUUGAGUCUUUUAGACAAGAAAAGUUUGCUCACUUUCGUCUCACCAACACUAAGAUUCUCAUCCAAGCUUGCCGCCCUCUUCUUGAAGUUGAUCCUGUAUUGUUUCUUCCUGCUACACGCAUAGAACGUGGCCGUCUAGUACGUUGGAGAAUGGGCUGGUUGCCUGGUAAGCCAAAGGAGUGUGCAUGUGGCUUUGAUCAUACUUCAAGACGCCAUCUCCAAUUCUGCAUCACAAUCCCAUCUCAGCUGUUCUCUCAACUUCCAGCAUCACCCACAGAUGAAGACAACAUCAUUGACUUUGCUAUAUCAGCACUACCAAUCUCGUUUACACAUCCAAGCCCUCUAUAUUGGAAAGCUCUUCUUACAAUACUAUGGCAUAUUGAUAUGCUAUGCAAUCCUAAUGGCAACUACACACAUGAAACCGAUCAUAGUUCUCUCUGGCACUAG